UGCGCCUGAGAGGCGUAGAGCCUCUGUAAAGUUAAAGCAGAGGAAGAGGCAGCGGAGGCAUAGCAAAGUGAAGAAGAAGAAUUUAACGGUUCCCGGUUGUUGAACCGCUCCCGUCUCCACGGUGGCUUCCAAAUGGUUUUGGACCGUAUUGUACCACCAAUCAAGCGGUCAGCUGUUUCAUGAACUUCACCUAGCUAACGCACCGCGAUGUUUUUCCAACGAGUAGCUAACGUUAUGUGUUGACAGCUUACCUUCACAGCUUACCUCAGUAACUUACGGAUCAUUACUGCGACCAAAGACCCAGAGCGAUGGAGGAGGGCUCUGAGGUGAUGGAGGACAUUGUAUUUCGAGGAGUGGAGUUUUCUGUGAAGAUAGAGGUGGACAAGGGUUUGCUGAUAGUCGAAAUCUCUGACUCAGUGACAGCCGAUCAAUGGAGGGGGGACUUUGAUCCAGCAUACAUUGAGGACCUCACCCGCAAAACUGGCAACUUCAAGCAGUUCCCUAUUUUCUGCAGCAUGUUGGAAUCAGCUGUUAGAAAGAUGAGUGAUUCUGUUACACUUGACCUCUUGACCUAUGCUGACCUGGAGCUGCUACGUAACCGAAAAGCAGGAGUGGUUAGUCGUCCUCGCGGCCAUCAGCAGUCAUCUGUUCUCACUGCCAAAAGAUAUCUAAUCCUCAUAUACACUGUGGAGUUUGACAGGAUACACUACCCUUUACCCCUGCCCUAUGUGGGUAAGCCUGACCCGGCUGCCCUACAGAAGGAAGUCCGAGCUCUGAGGGCCGAGCUCAACACCGUCUCCUCUCAUGGAAUUAACAAAUCUGCAGAACUAGAAAUACAGCGGCUUCGAGCAGAGCUGGCUCUGGUCAAAGAAGAGAAGGAGUCCAUGGGCAAGGUUCUGGAGCGACUGCAGAUCAGCGGAAGUGGUCCCACAUCCGGACGAGAGGACUGGAGGGUCAGAGAUGUGGUGAGGACGCUGGAGGAGCAGCUUGUGAAGGAGAGGGCCAAAAGUCAACGCUCGGCGAGCAAGAGAUGCCAGGAGCAGCAACUCCUAAUGGAGCAGGUUGAGGAGCUGAGAGCAUCGGAGUGUGCUCUCCGUGUUCGUGUCAAGAAUCUCACCAGUGAACUGGCGUUGCUACGGAGAGGUAGAGUGACUCCUGUGGCCGGUCACAUUCGCUCUCGAGUUGAUGGGGAAAUCUAUCGCUCUCUCUCCCGCGAGAGGAGGUCCGGGUACGGGACAGUCAGGGCUCGCUCAGGAUCCAGAGAACGGAUGGAGGACAGAGGGCAAAGGUCAGAGGAAAGGGGAAGAAGAGCGGACUCCUCGGGACCACGUGCUCGCAUACCCAGGCCGUCACCUUCCCCCACUGGGUCCCGGGUAGAACGCUUUGACCCAACUGCUUACAUCCAGGACAGACAGCGCAGACAGAAAGAGGCAGAUGUCAAAAAACAAAGAAAGGUACGGAGGGACAUGCUGGCAUCACCUGUUGUCUCUGAGAGGGGCCGUUCACGUUCCAGAGAGGCCUAUCCUCAGAUGGCCCGUUCUGGCAGCAGAGGCAGGAGUUUAUCAGUGGAGCGGAGAGGGAGCAGGAACUCCUCUGAAAGCUCGUUAGUGGAUAUGGAUGAAAUGGCCAAAACUUUGUUCAGAGCAAGAAAACAGACUUACAAUGGACCCAGUGUGUCUAGAGGAGGCCUUUUGACCAGGAAGCCAUUAUGCAGUACUCCAACACACAGAAUGAAAGACAAAGAGAGCUCCAUGGAUACAGGUGCUGAGCUGUCAGAGAUUGAUGCCAGGCUCCUGGCACUUCAGGAGUACAUGAGGGACCUGGAUACAGGACACUGACAACCCGCUGCUCGAGACACUCGUGAAUAUGUUACCUGACAACUGCACAGCUUGGAGCUGCUUUUUUUUUAUUUAUUUUUUUUUACUGUGGACAGACUAAGAAGCUUCAAACUUGACCAACUGUUGUACUGUACUCUAUGUGUUCAUGUAGGAGACUAAAAACUCCAUCUGGAGGGUCAGACUUCCAGGAUUUCAGGAAACGGAAGGACUACUUUUCGCGGACUGAAAUAAUUUUUUUAAUAUACCAAGUUUUUAUUAAUUAACUUAAAAGAUGACUGUGUCUGAGUUGUCGCGUUAUCAUUUCUUUUUUACACCUCACCAAACCCUCUAAGCUAGUUACAUGGACAUAAAAUUUGGCAGUACCUCAGUCCAGAAAUAAUUUAAUUUUAUCCUUCACUUGCUUGUUGGUGUUUUUUCUUUUUUAGUUGGUUAUGUGAGAGCACAUCACUUGUUUUAUUUGUUGUGGAGUUUUCUCCCUGUGAGUGUGUGUAUCAUCUUUUCCUUUCUAAACACAAGUCAAGCAACUAUUUUAAACUGAAAUGCGAUCCACAUGUUAACCAUAUAUUGUUAAACCUUUGAUGGACUGUUGUCUCUUCUGCCCAGUGCAUGUUGGGAUACACUCCUGUACCCUGAAAGACAAUACGCAAGUAGAGGACAUGACUGGCUAAAUGCAUGUCAUCAUAAUCAGAGCUGGUGGUUAAAUGCCAUUUCACAUUUCCAAUCCAUAUGUUCAAAUGUGUUCUCUUUCCUGCUCGACUUUAAACUCAACGUUUCCAGUGCAUUUUAAGCAUUAUAGUUGAUACAGUUGAUCUACAUAAUGCAUUAAAAUCUAACAAUUUCUACUGUUUAAACAGAAGUGGAACCAAUUUCUCUUUUGAGGUUGUACUGUAUCCCAAACUCAAGCAUAAAAGCUAUUUAUCUUGGAUAACAUUUGUGUAAGGGAACAAUGCUUAUCAUCUAAGAUAAAUUGGACAGACUAAGGAUAUUUGUAUGUAUGUUUACACAAAUCCAAACCACUUUCAUGGUGAUUGUGCAUUAAAAGUUCAUGAACACCGACACCGUUUUUAUAAUAGUAAAACUGCCAACUUUUGUAUGAACUGCUGUAUCUACAUGUGCACAAAGACUGUUACUCAAUUUUUU